AUGUCGAAACUUACCACUGAUCAUGGCGAGGCAAGCAUUCUGCCUCCGCCCUUUGAGGAACCCCCAGCCGUCCACCCGGAAGUCGGCACUGUGUCUGAGGAGAAGGCCAAUUUUGACGCAGAGAUAGUCACCAAGACCUCCACAGGUAUCGGUGACGUCUACGAUCAUGAGCAAUACCCCCCACCCACCGACGAAGAGCGAAGCACUCUUCGCAAGGUGCCCGACACGAUCCCCGCCAUCGCCUAUAUCCUCUGCGUCGCCGAGCUGGCCGAGCGAGCGUCCUACUACGCAACAACUGGUGUCUUCAACAACUUCAUGGAGUAUCCUCUGCCUGAGGGCGGCAACGGCGCUGGAGCUGUUGCCAAGUCCGACAUCAAUGGCGUGCCGGGCGCUUUGGGAAAAGGCGUACAAUUUGCCUCGGCACUUGUUUUGUUGUUCACUUUCCUCGCCUACGUGUUUCCCAUUCUCGGCGCUUGGAUCGCAGACACAAAGCUAGGUCGAUACAAGACCAUUAUCUGGGGAGCAGGCAUCGGGGCCGUAGCUCAUGUGAUCAUGGUCGGUGGCGCUGCCCCGUCCUUGCUCCAAGCUGGCAGAGGCAUCGCCCCUUUUAUGAUUUCGUUUUUCUUGCUUGCAAUUGGUGCUGGUAUCUUCAAGCCGAACGUCGCACCCACAGUGAUCGAUCAAUACCAGCAUCAGCGAGAGUACACCAAGGUUCUGAAGUCUGGCGAGAAAGUUCUAGUGGACCCGGAGACCACGAUUCAACGGAUCAUGGUGAUAUACUAUGGCUUCAUCAACAUUGGUGCAUUUUUCGCCCUGGCCUCUACCUAUGCUGAGCGCUACGUCGGGUUCUGGCUGGCAUUCCUCCUACCAACCAUCAUCUAUGUUUUAGUUAUCGUCAUAUUUGUGGGCGUGAGCAAGAAGAUCGUCAAGAAGCCACCAAUGGGGUCCGAGCUGAACGACUUUUUCAAGAUUACCUGGAUCUGCUGCAAAGACAACAAAUUCAUGGUAUGGAAGAAAGACUUCUGGGACGCCGCCCGCCCUGCUGUUUUGGCAGAGCAGGGAAUGACAGUGAAAUGGAACAACCGUCUCGUUACCGACGUGGGCCGCACUUGGGCCGCGUGCCAAGUCUUCCUCUACAUACCCAUUUAUUCACUCAACGACGGCGGCAUCGGAGCUGCAGGUUCCAACUUGGCGGGUUCGAUGACGCUCAACGGCGCCCCAAAUGAUCUCCUAUCCAACUUCAACCCGCUGGCAAUCAUCGUCUUCACCCCAAUCAUGGCCUAUGGGGUCUACCCUCUGUUAGCCCGGAAGAACAUUCGAUUCGGCCGCAUCAAACGCAUGACAGUCGGCUUCAUCAUCGCAGCAAUCUCAGGUAUUUGCGGUGGACUUGCACAACUCUAUGUAUAUCGCACCUCGCCUUGUGGGUAUAUGGCUUCGACCUGCGACAAUGUGUCGCCUAUCUCCGUCUGGUGGGAGCUUCCCAUGAUUAUCCUCGGCGCAGUCUCCGAGAUCCUCGUCAACGUGACUUCCUACGAGCUAGCAUAUUCCCGUGCCCCUGCGCACAUGAAAUCGGUGGUCUUCUCCAUCUGUCUCUUCAUGACUGCUCUCUACGCUGCCGCUGGCGAGGUCUUGACGCCUGUGAUUAAGGAUCCGUACCUUGUUUGGAUUUGGUUCGGCCCUGCAAUUGUGCUCUUCGCUCAGACAGCCAUUUUCUGGAUCCGACACCGGGACAUGGAUGAGGACGAAUAUAUGACCUAUGACACUGAAUCAGACUUGGAAGUGGAGACUGUCAAGGGUGAGGAUGGGAGUGCUGCCACUGUCAUGGGCGAGAAGGCAUCGCCGUCGGAGAAGAGCUGA